AUGGCUUUACCAAACUCCUCGGGCUCCUCUGGAGCUGACAAGCCCAACCCCAGUCUCAUAGAUCUGGGAACAUUCUUCGUGGACUCUGAUAUCAUAUUUGGAUUUACCAGUCAUCUUCUGAGGAGAAAAGCAAAGGCAGAGCAGCUCCAGGCAGAGCAGCUCCAGGCAGAGCAGCUCCAGGCAGAGCAGCUCCAGGCAGAGCAGCUCCAGGCAGAGCAGCUCCAGGCAGAGCAGCUCCAGGCAGAGCAGCUGCAGGAUCCUGGCUACGCAGCCUUCCUAUUCGACCAGCUCCAAGUGCCUGGGAGCCAUGAGGGCUGCUGUCAGGUGUGUUCUACGCCUCUCCACCAGCUGAGGCAGGAGGCCCUGCAGACAGUAGGCGCCUCGCACGCGGCCCUGACCCUGAGCCAUGACAUGCCUGCUCUGCCCUCCACCACCCUCUCUGGGCAACCUCAUAAACUGACACUCUCCUCCUCCAAUGCCCAAGUGAGGCAGCCUUCCAAAGCCCAUGCCCAAGCCCACACCAUUCUGCCCCUGAGGGAGAGUUGGCACAGGGGGCAGGACUGUCCGCAGGGCUCCUCUGUCUCUGCUGGGCCCAAGACCAGUGUCCAGGUGACGGUGGGGGGAGGGCAGCUGACUGGGACCCUGGGAUCGGUCACUAUCCAGGCCCAGCAGUACCUUGAGGGCAUGUGGAGCAUCUCCAGAGUCAACAACUUCCUCCCUCAGCCCAGCCCACCCCCAGCCGACAGAGGAGCUCCGUCCAGCUGGGACAGUGUGACGUCACCCCCCCCUGCCCCUGGCCACACCUCCACAACCACCUCCACUCAGAGUGCAUCCGCUGCAGCCUCCUUCUUCAUCAGGGCAGCUCAGAAGCUGAACCUCUCGUCCAAGCGGAAGAAGCACCAGCCUCCCUCCCUGCUGCACCCUGGAGCCCAGGAGCCCUCCAUCUACCCCACCAACUUCAGCGGCAUCCUGCAGCUCUCGCCACCCCCCGCCCCGCCAUGCCUGCUCCGCGCUGUCUCAAAGGUCAAGGAGAACCCUGGGAUGGGAAAGGUAAAAGUGAUGAUGCGUAUCUGCCCAUCCCUGGAGGCUCCUGAUUCGUCAGAGUCCAUGUCCUUCCUGAAGGUGGACCCCAGGAAGAAGCAGCUAACCCUUUACGACCCCUCGGUCAACGACCGCGCCAACUCAGGGCACAGGAGAGCCACCGUGGCCGUCCCAAAGAUCUUCGCCUUCGACGCAGUGUUUACCCAGGAUGCCUCUCAAGCAGAGGUGUGUUCAGGGACAGUGUCUGAGGUCAUCCAGUCUGUGGUGAACGGUGCGGACGGUUGCAUCUUCUGCUUCGGGCAUGUCAAGCUUGGCAAGACAUUCACUAUGAUUGGCAAAGACGGCUCCACCCAGAACCUCGGCAUCGUGCCCUGCGCCAUCUCCUGGCUCUUCACGCUCAUCAACGAGCGUAAGGAGAAGACGGGCACGCGCUUCUCUGUCCGUGUGUCUGCCGUGGAGAUCUGUGGGAAGGACGAAGCGCUGAAGGACCUUCUGUCUGAGGUGUCCACGGGAAGCGUUCAGGACGGUCAGUCCCCAGGGGUCUACCUGCGUGAGGACCCUAUCUGUGGCACUCAGCUCCAGAACCAGAGUGAACUCCGCGCCCCCACAGCAGAGAAGGCAGCCUUCUUCCUGGACGCGGCCAUCGCAGCACGCAGCACCAGCAGGCCCGACUCAGAUGAGGAAGAGAGACGCAACUCUCACAUGCUGUUCACACUGCAUAUCUACCAGUACCGCAUGGAGAAGAGCGGCAAGGGAGGCAUGUCGGGUGGACGGAGCAGGCUGCACCUCAUAGACUUGGGGAGCUGUGAGAAGGUCCUCAGUAAGAGCCGAGACGGAGGGGGAGGCCUGUGUCUGUCUCUCACUGCACUGGGAAACGUUAUCAUGGCUUUAGCCAAUGGAGCCAAGCACGUACCUUACAGGGACAGCAAACUGACGAUGCUGCUGAGAGAGUCGCUGGGGAACAUUAACUGCAGAACUACAAUGAUCGCCCACAUCUCGGACUCCCCUGCCAACUACACUGACUCCCUCACCACCAUCCAGCUGGCCUCACGCAUCCACCGCAUGAGGAAGAAGAAGUCCAAGUAUGCAUCCAGUUCCUCUGGAGGGGAGAGCUCCUGUGAGGAGGGGAGGAUCCGUCGGCCACCUCACCUCAGACCCUUCCACCCCCGGACGGUGGCCCUGGACCCAGACCUGCCCUCCCUGCUCAGCGACCCAGACUACUCCUCCAGCAGCGAACAGUCCUGUGACACCGUCAUCUAUGUGGGGCCGGGGGGCGCCGCCAUCUCAGACCGGGAGCUAAGUGACAAUGAGGGCCCCCCCACCUUUGUUCCUAUCAUCCCCUCCCUGAACAGGAAGCGAUCUGGGAAGGAGGGUCCCCUGGACAGGGAUCACUUCUUCAAGUGCAACACGUUUGCUGAGCUGCAGGAGCGCCUGGAGUGUAUCGACGGCAGCGAGGCGCCUACAGCGUUUGUUGGAGAGGGCAGGGGAAGUCAGGCCAGCCCCAAGGUGGACAGCAAAGCAAAGGAAUGCCCUGGCUCUGUUUCCCCAAAGACUGUAACUAAAGCCUCCUCCUCCCAGGAGAACAUAUCACCUAAACUUGCUCCUAAAUCUGUAGCCACUUCUCCAUCCAGUAGUCCCCAUAUCAGCCCUUCUAAGUCUAAACUGGAACAUUCCAGAGGGGUUUCACAGAGCAUAUGUAGAACAAGUGCUGAUGGUGAGAAGGUAAUGACAUCAGAGAGCAGAGCAAGCCCAAUCAAACAGGGUAUGGCCAUGGUGCCAGCCUCUGAGCCAGUAGUACGGGAGAAGGUUUACUUCAACAAGAAGCCCUUACCCAAGCCUGCUCCCCCUCCCCCACAGCAGAGAGACUCACGCAGGGGAAACGGAGAGGCAGAGGAGAGGUCCCCCACUAGAAUGCCCCCCGUGGGAAUGAGCCAUCAGGUUGGAAAUCAGGGGGAGUCUGGGGACCCUUUCCUUGAUAGGACCCAGACCAGGGGUACUGUAGAGGUGUGCCAGCUACGCUCCACCCUGAGAGAGAGGUGCCUGGACAGGGACAUCCUCCGGGCUACGGUCACCCUGCAGCAGCCUGUGGAGUUGAAUGGAGAGGAUGAACUGGUGUUCACUGUGGUGGAGGAGCUUUCCAUCGGCAGCAUCAUAGACAGCGGGCGGCCCUCCAGCAUCAUCAGCUUCAACAGCGACUGCUCCCUGCAGGCCCUUGCCUCCGGCUCCCGGCCAGUCAGCAUCAUCAGCAGCAUCAACGACGAGUUUGACGCCUACACAUCUGCUGUGGGGGGUGCAGAGGUCAACAUCGAGGUGCUCACCCCCUUACAGGAUGACUCAUUUGUGUGUGUGGGCAGCAGGGGCUCGUCCAUCAGCUCCUGGCUCAGCGAGGUCAGCGUCUGUACUCUGGAGAGUAAAAGGGUACACUCUGCAGACGUUUUCCUCCCACAGACGAAGCACAUCGGCCCAGACGGCACCUUCUACCUGGAUUCCCUGGGUAUGUUCCACUGUGAAUCAUCCCGAAGGGAUGCCAAGAACUCCCUGAACGACAGUGGCUUUAGCUUUUCUGAUCUGGACAGUGACAGCACAGCAUCUAGCAAACUGUCCCUGACAAAGUGCCCUAUGUCUCCCGAGUCAACCAAAGGAUCCCUCAGAUUCCCAUCCAAAACAGCUAAAGUUAACUCUCUCAGCUCCUCCUCCCAAACCUCCCAGGGCCCUUACAUAGUCCACUCCAGUCUUCCCAGGAAAGUGAAACCUACCUCAUUAAUAGCCUAUAGUAGUAGCAGCAGUUGUGAACCACAGAGACAGGAAGUCAAGCAGGAGGACCCCUGGCAGCGCAUCGUCAACCACUCUGAACUUCAGCUUCCAGACUCCAGCGCCACCAGCAAGCUCCCCAGAACCCCAGUAAGUGGCAUUCCCUGCCGCAAAGCUGGUGUUGUCAACAGCAAUGGUGUAUCUCGCCCACCCAAGGUGCAGGGUUCAACCUCAGCCCAGAGGGUGGUGGACGGCUGUGAGAAGUCCACCAGUAAGAAAGCGGAGCCCCCCAGCAAGAUGCCUCAGCUCAGACGAGGAGCCACCACUCUGGGCACUGUGCCUGUCAUCCACGUCUCCCCAGAGACCAAGGCCACAACCCAGAACAUCACCACUACAACCAACAUUCUCAAGUUCUCCUCUCUGGGGAAGAAUGGAAAGGCAAAUGGGCAGCAAGCGAGCAUGCUCCCCAAACCUGGUGGUACCUCACCUCCUCCACCUCCAGUGCGCAAGUCCAGUCUGGAUCAGAAGAACAGGCCUCUGCUGCCCCAAAGUGCCUUAAAGUCUGCGUACGGUGAAGCAGGGAGGCCCAAACUUACCAGAGGGGCGGUGUCAGAGGAUGAGCUAGAGAUCCGCUGCAGAGUAAACUCCAACAGCCUCAAAACCUCCAGCCUCAGAGGUGACUACACCCCGGCCAAAGCCACAUCCAGUCUGAGGGCCAGAGGAGAUGCUAGUCGGCAGCAUUACGGCAGUCAGAUGUCUCUGGAAAGGAGUGACAGCAUGUCCAUGGUGGGUUCCAAGCCCACUCUCAGUCGAGAAAACAGUGGAGCCACCCUGGGCUGCAGCAAGUCCAGCAGAUCCAUUCCCAGAUUCGGUGUACCAAACUCAACCAGCUCUCCCAUUGCUACAUCCCCAACUUCCCCCUGUUGUGCUACAGAUGCUCUAGGUAAACCUGGGCAGGUCAAAGGUAGUGUUAACCCCAGAGCGUUAGGAGCGGUCAAUGGAAGUAAGGACCGUUCGUUGUCAGCGAGCAACUCUAAGGGCCUGAGCUCCUCCACAAAGUCCCUGGCAGCUCCAGCAACCAGGAACCCCAAUGCCAACCUUCCCCCGACUGGCAAGACCUCCGCCCCGCGAGCCACGGCAGCCGUCAGCAGCAAGCCUGGCCGGGGGACCAUCAUGGGCACCAAGCAUGCUAUGCGGGCAGCCAACAGCCGGGUCAGUGAGCUGGCGUCAGGCAGCACAUCAGGCAAACACCUGAGGGGCUCAGGGGACUCUGACAGUGGUAAUGACAGUGGGGUGAACCUGAGUGAUGACAAGUCCCCCGUGGCCAUGCUCCCCUCCCCCUACAGUAAGAUCACAGCCCCCAGAAGGCCGCAGCGCUACAGCAGUGGCCAUGGCAGUGACAAUAGCAGUGUUCUGAGUGGAGAGCUGCCCCCAGCUAUGGGCCGCACAGCCCUCUUCUACCACAGUGGGGGCAGCAGUGGUUAUGAGAGCAUGAUCCGGGACAGCGAGGCCACAGGUAGCGCCUCCUCUGCACACGACUCAAUGAGUGAGAGUGGAAUGUCCUCCUCAGGCCGCCCUAGGACAUCCAAAUCCCCCAAGAAACGCAAUGGGCUACAGCGGAGGCGGCUCAUCCCGGCCCCCCUGCCAGACACCUCGUCACUGGGGAAGAAGGCUGGCACAGCUGGCCAGUGGGUGGACCUCCCGCCCAUGUCAGGACCACUGAAGGAACCCUUCGAGAUCAAGGUGUACGAGAUUGACGAUGUGGAACGGCUCCAGAGGCGACGACAGGAGGACUUGAUUGAGCAGCCAUUCCAGGAUGUUGAGAAGGGCCUGCUGUACUUCAACAGUAAGCUGAAGGUUCUGGAGCGGCGGCAGCAGCAGAUCAGGGAGCUGAAGGUCAAACAUGAGGCACUUAAGGAAGAGCUAGAGGACACCAAGACCCUACUGAUGAUGGACCCUUGCAAGUGGAUAGGAGAGUUUGAGGUGGACCAGGAUUUGGACAAGGAGUCCCAGGAGUACCUGCAGGCCCUGGGUCAGGUCACAGAGGAGCUGGAGUUCUGUGUCAACCUAUGCAAGUCACGUGUCAUGAUGGUGACCUGCUUCGACAUCAGUGUGGCAUCACCGCCCAACACUCAAGAGGGACUGCGAGAAGUGGAAGUCUGACAAUGAGCAAAAGAAGAGAUGGAGAAUCAAGGAAGUGAGAAAGGAAGAAUUAUGAAAUGUAGCAGCCAGUUCAUAGUUAUUGCUGGAAUGAAGUGACAAGAAAAACAAAAAAGACAAAAGAUGAGACAAACGGGUUGGGUGUCUUUGCAUGGAGACAGGAGAUCUGAACCGACUUAUCUGCAGUGCCUCGUUCUGGACAUGUUCAUGUUGGAAUGGGAGUUAAGUGUGUGCACAGACACAACAGUUUCUGUUUUCCAGCAUGAUGGGAGAGAGGCCAUCAUUUACCCAAGAGUCAUUCAACGAGACCCGGAAGUGCCUUUUUCACGCGACUUAUUUUGAGUCAUUAUUUUUUGUAUGGUGCUAGUAUCAUAACCAGCAUACCUAAGCAAACCCUGAACAUAUUUCUUUUAAGAAAUAAUUAUUUUAUAUGCAUUGUAUAGUGUAUUUAUAUGAUUAUGCUGUGUGUAAAAUAUAAUUUCUAGGUAAAAAAAGAAGAGCAAUAAGCUAAUGUUAUUGCGUUCCCAAACUUGGCCUUUUCUCAUGUUUCAAACCAACCUCAGUCAGCAUUUUGCCCAUCUUCAUCCAGCCUCUUGCGCCUUAUGUUAUCUUUCUGGUUCAGUAGUCUACCUUUUAAAAGAGCUAUGUGUUAUCUUGUCAAGGACUCAAUUUACUGUUAUCACUCAGCCACUGCCAGCUGAAAGCUAGCAGGGUUGAGUAAAUGUUUCUUCCCUCCAGUUGCCUUGAUCACAAGGGGCCCCAUUGGAGGUGCUGAGAUGGGUGAUGGUGGAGGUGUAGAAGAAGGGGCGGAGGAAAGUAUGUGGUAUGUGGGGCGGAGAUGUGUUUGCCCUUGUUUAUUUAAUUGGAGAUGUGGCAACGGCAGAACACAUCAAUCAGAGGGGUCUACAUACAGGACCUGCUCCCAACAGGCUGUGUGUACGCCAUGAUUCAUGGGUGUGACAGUUGGCUCUCCCCAGUGCUCUGUGCUAGGGGUGUCCAGAGUCAACCUGACAGACCUCUGUCACCCUCCCUGUACCCCCAGAGCGAUGGGGAAGCAUGCUGAGUAUUAUUCCCAAGGCACAGAGGUGCUCGUCAGUGCGCCUAUUUUAUCCCUAGAUGGGCCUCUACUGGGUUCUACUGACACAAACAAAAGGGCAUAGAUGAGAUGCCACAAGCAAGGGUCAUUCUAUGGCUAUUUUGUGGUGUGCUCUUUUAAGUGGUGCCAAGCCUUGGUUCUAUGCAUUCCAACAUUCUCACUUCCACUAUAAGAAUAACCUCCACAAAGCACUAAGAUCAACAGCACAGACAGUUUGCAAUGACUCAGAACCCUCUCUGAGUUAUGCUUCAAAGCUACACAUAUUACACAGAUAGCACUUCUCUCCAACCUUCUACUUUCUUUACUAAUUUAACCGGAUGUCUCAAUCAAAGACUAGGAUAGGCUCCAAGAGGACAGUGUCCUAAAUAAAGGCCAUGAGAAACCACAGUUUCCCGUGUUUACAUGCAGUGAAGAAAUUGCCGCCAUCAGAUUUAGACGUUGUUUGGCAAAUACAAUCAAUCAACUAGCUGUAUGUAGCUGCCAGAAUGUUUGUGUUUUAAUCACUUCUCUGAAAAUGGUGUGGACAAAGAAGAUGAACUGGUUUUGGUUAUCUAGAGUAAGAAACUGGAUUUGGUUAUCUAGAGUAAGAAACUGGAUUUGGUUAUCUAGAGUAAGAAACUGGUUUUGGUUAUCUAGAGUAAGAAACUGGAUUUGGUUAUCUAGAGUAAGAAACUGGAUUUGGUUAUCUAGAGUAAGAAACUGGUUUUGGUUAUCUAGAGUAAGAAACUGGAUUUGGUUAUCUAGAGUAAGAAACUGGAUUUGGUUAUCUAGAGUAAGAAACUGGUUUUGGUUAUCUAGAGUAAGAAACUGGUUUUGGUUAUCUAGAGUAAGAAACUGGUUUUGGUUAUCUAGAGUAAGAAACUGGAUUUGGUUAUCUAGAGUAAGAAACUGGAUUUGGUUAUCUAGAGUAAGAAACUGGUUUUGGUUAUCUAGAGUAAGAAACUGGUUUUGGUUAUCUAGAGUAAGAAACUGGUUUUGGUUAUCUAGAGUAAGAAACUGGAUUUGGUUAUCUAGAGUAAGAAACUGGAUUUGGUUAUCUAGAGUAAGAAACUGGUUUUGGUUAUCUAGAGUAAGAAACUGGUUUUGGUUAUCUAGAGUAAGAAACUGGAUUUGGUUAUCUAGAGUAAGAAACUGGAUUUGGUUAUCUAGAGUAAGAAACUGGAUUUGGUUAUCUAGAGUAAGAAACUGGUUUUGGUUAUCUAGAGUAAGAAACUGGAUUUGGUUAUCUAGAGUAAGAAACUGGUUUUGGUUAUCUAGAGUAAGAAACUGGUUUUGGUUGUAUUUUGAUGUGUUUUAUUUAUGUAACUAAAAUAUUCAUUUGUUUUCUUUCCUCUUACAAAGAUAUACCCUCAGGCCCUUUCUGAAGAUGCUGCAUGAGAUUUUUUUAUUAAUUUGUAAGAAUGAUUUCUAUUCCAUUUUUACCAUUUUGAUUUUUAUAAUAUCUUUGGCUCUCGAUCAUGCUGGGUUAGUUUCAUGACUAUUAGCAAACUAAAACAUUUUUUUCAAGAAAGUUGAUGUAUGUCAUAUUUCAUAUCAAAACCCAUAUUUUCUAAUGUCUUUGGUUUUGUAAAGGAUUUUCUGACCCUGUGUAAAAAUGUAUGAUAUGGCAGCUCGUGUUGAGUUUUCUCUGUGAAUAAAGUGUUUCUUCUUA